UUUCUGUGUGUGUUUCGUCCACUGCUGUAUCUGCCUGCUAGCUGGAGUGUGUCUGUGUGUGUAGUCCACUGCUGUAUCUGCCUGCUAGCUGGAGUGUGUCUGUGUGUUUCAUACACAUGUUGGACUAUGCCCUUGGACUUUACCUUUGGACUACCUGAGUUAGUUUACCUGGCUUUCAGCUGUUGCCAGGUUUUUCACAAGUACCGCCUCUGACCUGCUGGAGUUCACCUGUCUCUGGGUGUUGACCUGUGUAUAUCUGACUGACUGGGAGUUACUACCUCUGUUGGAAUUCACCUGUUAGAGGGAGCUCAGCUGUGUAUCAACACGUGCCUCUCUGCUACUGGAGGCUAUUUGUGUGAAAGAGUUUACCUGUGUAAAGGAGUUUACCUGUGUGAAGGAGGUUUACCUGUGUGAAGGAGUUUACCUGUGUGAAGGAGGUUUACCUGUGUGAAGGAGUUUACCUGUGUGAAGGAGGUUUACCUGUGUGAAGGAGGUUUACCUGUGUGAAGGAGGUUUACCUGUGUGAAGGAGUUUAUUUACCUGUGUGAAGGAGUUUAUUUACCUGUGUGAAGGAGGUUUACCUGUGUGAAGGAGGUUUACCUGUCUGACUGGAACACCUGUUGGAAUUCUGACCAACUAAUUCUUUGGAGCUUCUCUCUCCUGCUGGGGUUCACGUACCUGAGAGUAGAGGCCUGCAUCCUCCAGCUGUGUGUGUGUGUGUGUGUGUGUGUCAGGAUGAUGGAAGAAGUGUCUAUCAGGGUGGCAUAUGACUCCCACAUCAUAGACCAGAUGGCAGAGGAGGAGAUACUGGCCUGCCUGAUGGCCGAGUCUAUACCCAAACACACGGUUCCCAGUAAGAAGGCCACGCUGAGAGAUAACCAGCCACAACAACAGGAUGACCACGUAGACAGAUACCAGAGGGAGAACCGUCAGCUGCAGCAGGCCAGUCUGCGUCUGGAGCAGGAGAAUGAUGUUCUGGCCCACAGACUGAUCACCAGCAAGAUCUCCCUGAGGACCGACCUGGACCAGGCGGAGGACAGAGUGGAUGAGCUGACCAAAGAGCUGCUGAAGACCAGAAAGAAAUGGAAGAAUGCAGAGGAAGAGAAGAGAGGGAAGGAGGAGGAGGCUAUUCAGUUGAAGGAGGUGUUAAGGACAAAGCUGGACAAGGCUGAUCCAGAGGUGAAGAGGAGCUCAGGCAUCAUCUCAGACUACAAACAGAUCUGUUCCCAGCUGACCAGUCGGGUGGAGAGGCAGCAGGCGGCCCACAGAGAGGACCUGGACAAACUCAGGAAUGCUGUGAUGGCGUGUUCUCGCUGCCGACAGGCUCUAGAUUCUCCAAUCAUGGAAGGCUCCAGUUCCACAGCCCCGUACCAGAGAAGAAUCAGCACCAGAGAACCAGGCCAGCAGAGAGACCAGGAAACAGAACUAGACCAGCAGACGACUGGUACCAGGGAACAAGACCAGGAGAAGGUGUGUCUGAGUGGCCAGGUCACAGAGUUGGAGAAGGAGCUGGCACAGACUAAACUACAGAUGGUGGAGGCCAAGUGCAAGAUCCAGGAGCUGGAACACCAGAAGGGGGUGCUGCAACGUGAUCUCCAGACAGCUAGGAACAGCUGGCUCACUAAGACUAUACGGUCAGCCGAAGGGGGUCUGCAGAGCAGCAGCCUACCCAGGGGGAGAGCCUCUGCAAUGGGGCGUUCUCUACAUGGCCUCCCCCUCUCAGUCUGGAGCUCCAGGAGACUGUCAUGGGCCCCCAGGAAGGACCGGGGGGGAGAUGUCUGACAUGGAAGGGAGGGGGAGAGACAGCAAGAGGACACACUGAGAGUAUAGAUAAUAUGUAUUGGAAUGAUUGUACAUGUCUCUUGGUGAUUGUUUGUUUCUGCAUUCUGGUGCCUAUUUUGGUUUUAUUUGUUAUUGUCAAAAACAGAUUUGGAUACAGGAGUUUUAUGUAUUGCUUUGGCUCUUAAACUCUUAAAACAAAACUCCAAACUGGUAACACUUGUAUGGCACCCAGUCCUCCAUUCAAAACGUUUCACUGUGCAUUCAUUUGUUUAUUCGAUUUGUUACAUACAGCACAUCUCUGAUCUUGUCAAUAUCGAGAUUUACAUUAUUUUUUUUACAGUGAAGUAAAUCAAUAGUCACCAUCAUUGUAGUACAUUCAAGUAUAUAUCCAUACUUUUUAUGUUUCUACUUUACAGACAUUUUCAUUAAGUAGUUCUCAGAAUCUGUAACAGACAAACCAGUUGACAUGUAAAGUCAGCCAGGUCACCCGGGAUACAAGUCAGUAUUCGACGUCCAUCCAUAUCUGAGGACGUCCAGAGGUGAUGUGGAAAUCGGCCACUAGGAGGAACGGUGAGCGCUGUUACGUUCAAGUCUGCCUUUGAUUCCAAAUUUUGGAAGUUUGAAUCCAGCGACAAAAAGUUGUUUUUGAGAUAAUUGUUUUAAGCCUAUCCCAAACCUUAACCCUUACAUGAACCAUUCACAGUUAAUGCCUGACUUUAAGAUUUCAGAAUUAAUGCCUAAACCUAACCUUAAACACUUAGAAAUGAGACAUUUGAGAAACAUGGAUGAAGGUCUAAUUCUGACGUGAGACUGUGAGAUCUAGUUGUGUAAUGUAUAGGUUUACCAAACAUGUACGUGAUCAUCAAUUUAAAGCAGUUCGAUUAAGUAAUAGUAAAUAGCCUUUUAUUAACAACAGAAAAGAGAAACAUAUCAAAAGUGAGUAUGCAUUGUGCACGGCAGUUACGCUGUGGCGAAAUCCUGCACGGUAGUGGUACUCUCUCUAUUCUACUCUUUUCCUUUUGGCAUGGUUAAUACCUGCCUGGCGCCCGAACAAAAUCUUUAUCUUUACCCCUCUAAUAAAUACCGCUACGUUAUAUGAACAUACACUGCAAUGUGAAACAUGUAUUUCUAGAUGAAACACUGAUUAAGUUUGGUGAAAAUGUGUGAUUUUAAGUGUUGUACUUAGUCAAUUGAAAAUGAGCUUAAAGUUUUGAAACGACUGCCUUUUUGGUGAUCGGUUUUGAGUUUUGUACUAAGAGUAGUGAAAAUGUACCACAU